AUGGUCAAUGUUUUUGAUGGGACUAAUGGAGGAUAUGAACCAGAAUUAUUAUUUUUUUAUGACUCAACGUUUUCCUAUCGUCGAAAUCUUUUUCUCUUUAUAAAUAAUCCUACUAGCAGUUUGAUUUCAUCAAUCUCUUUCCUUUUGCAUUUUACAAUGACAGCCAUGAAAACCCAAGAGGAGCAAAUAUCGGAUCAACUACAAAAGCUGCAAGUUAACGAAAAAGAAAACGAAUCAGCAGUCGACUCAACUCAAAAUAUAAUAGACUCGCUGCCGAAUCUCAAUGAAGUGGAGGAGAUCUUGGGCUAUGGGUUUACCAACAAACGGUUGUUAGAAGAAGCUUUUACACAUGUGUCGCUGGGACACGGCUUAUCCAACGAGCGGUUAGAGUACGUGGGUGAUUCUGUGCUUAACCUACUGUUCACCAAACACCAGUACUUUGAGUACCCUGAUUUGCCGCCGGGGGUUUUGACCAGGCUCCGAGCAGCUAAUGUUGAUACGGAGAAGCUGGCUCGUGUUGCCAUUAAACAUGGGCUGCAUCGCUUUUUGCGUCAUAAGAAACCUCUUCUUGAGAAGCAGAUUCGACAAUUUUCUCAAGAAAUACAGCGCUAUCCUUUGCAUUCUAAUGGACUGGUCGACGUGCCAAAGGCAUUAGCCGAUCUUGUUGAAUCUGUAAUCGGCGCCGUUUUCAUUGACGCCAAUUUCUCCAUUGAUAUCGUAUGGAAGGUUUUCAAGGAUUUGUUGGAGCCCAUAAUCAGGCGAGAGACCCUGAAGAUACACCCAGUGACCCAAUUAUAUGAAGUGUGUCAGAAGAGAAAUUUAAAAGUAAAAUUUGAAGAUUUAUGGAAAGAAAGCACAGCUUUUAAUGUGUUCAUAGAUGACCAACUUGUGGGAAGAGGUGCUUGUAGUCUCAAGAAGGAAAUUGCACAUAACAGGGCUGCCAAAGAUGCCCUGGACAAUAUUCUCAAAAUUUUGGAUCACAAGGAUAAUAGCAUUGCUGAAGAAACAAACUCUUUAACUUUAUAUUAA